AUGGAGGUGAACUAUUUUACUUGCACGUUAGACCAGGCCAUCAAAUACCAGCAUGAGAAGUCAUACAGGACAAUCGCAGAAUUUAUCGACUUCAAGGCGCAAAAUUUCCCAGAGGUGCCAGUCCUCGGCCUAUACGAGCUCGCACCCAAAUCCCCGUCACAGGUAUGGACUUCGCAUGUCCUGACUUUUAGGGACGUGCAAAAAGGCAUCAAUCUGGUCGCGGAGGCGUUGUUGAAAACGAUUGUUUUCCGACAAGGACAGACGGUGGCACUCCUGUGUCCCAGUUCUCCGGGACUUCUGUUUACGUGGCUGGCUUUAAUUUGGCAGGGUCACCCGGUGCUCUUGAUUGCGCCUCAGUGUUCUCCGUCUGCGAUUGCUCAGCUAUGCAAGUCUUGCGAAGUGGAGUUGAUGCUGUAUGAGGAUCCCUAUGGCGAUCUUGCGACGAAAGCCUCACGGGAGACGACACAGUCACCGCCUGAAGCUCUCAGAACGCACCUGAUACCUUUCGCCAGAGAGAACAUUGUGCGAGUUCUCAAGAAUACUUUCACUAGUUCCCCUGUGCUUCCGGCCCAUGUCCAAGAGACGGACGUGGCGUAUCUUCACCACACCUCCGGCACGUCCAGCGGUGUCCCUAAACCGAUACCGCAAACGCACAGAGCAGCGGUCGGGGUGCUUCCGGUCCUUGACGGUACGAGGCAGGCGACAUUCACCACCACACCACUUUACCACGGCGGCGUGGCCGAUCUAUUCCGAGCGUGGACCAGCAAUGCCAUGAUUUGGCUCUUCCCAGGCAAAGACCUCCCUAUUACCGCUGCAAACAUUUGCAAAUGCCUCGACGGUGCUUCAACGGCGGCGGGUGACGGGACAGCGCCGGAGACGAAGUAUUUCUCCUCGGUACCGUACGUUCUGAAAAUGCUGGCAGAGGACAGGGAUGGCAUAGAACAUCUCAGAACAAUGGAUAUCGUGGGCGUGGGCGGCGCAGCGUUACCAGCCGAAGUCGGGGACAGCCUCAUCAACAAAGACAACGUGAACCUCAUAUCGCGGUUCGGUAGUGCCGAAUGUGGGUUUCUCAUGUCCUCCCAUCGAGACUAUGCGAAAGACAAGGAAUGGAAAUAUCUCAGAUCGUCGACUUGUGGGAAGCUUCUCCAGUUCGAGCCCCAAAGCGAAGAGGAGGAGGGUCUAUCGGAACUCGUGAUCCGACCAGGAUGGCCUCAUAUGGCCAAACGCAAUCGCGAAGAUGGCUCCUUCGCCACCGCCGACUUGUUCUCACCGCACCCAACCAUCCCGGAUGCAUGGCGGUAUCAUUCACGGGCGGAUUCGCAACUGACGCUCAUCACGGGCAAGAAAUUCGACCCGGCGCCCCUCGAGGACGCCAUCCGCGCAUCGGCCUCCUCCGUGAUCGAAGAUAUCCUCAUCUUCGGCAAUGGCAGACCUUACCCGGGGGCGUUGGCGUUCCCUCGCAACACUGCCCAGAGCAGUGGUGGAGACUUCAUCCUCCAAAAGAUCGCGCCUGUGGUCGAAGAAAUGAACCGCCAGAGUCCGUCUCAUGCACGGAUACCGAAACAUAUGCUUAUUCCUAUGGAUCCCCUAGACGGGGGACUGGAGAAGAGCAGCAAAGGCACGAUUCUCAGAGGCAAGGCCGAAGAAAGAUUCGCCGAAAAGAUUGCAGCUGCCUAUGAAGGAAAAGAGGAGCAUAUCAACGGGACGGGUCCGCCUCCUCCAGAGGUGCCCGAUGAUGAGAUACCUGCACGGGUCCGCACCAUCGUUGAAACCGUCGUUGGAGAGGGUGACAAGGACUUCGAAUCCCAUCCUGAAUCUCUCACGGAUGAUACAGAUCUUUUCGCGUACGGAGUCGAUUCCGUUGCGUGUAUCCAGAUCCGACGCGCACUGUCUCAGCUGCUGCCCAGUGGCUCAACCUUGCCAUUGAGCGUGGUGCAAGACACUGGGAACGUCGCGGGAUUGAGUGAUCUCAUCCUUCGCAUGAGGGCGGGAAAAGGCGACCGUCAACAGAGAGAGCAGAAGAGAGACAAACAGGCCCAGCAUCAACUAAUGCUCGAUCUGGUCGAGGAGUACAGCGUCUUCGAUGGACUCCAGUCAGAACUACCCUCCCCUUCAGCCUCACCUCCCGCACGAUCCGGAACAUCCCCGAAUAGAGAAAGCAAAAGAGGCAUGCAGGUCCUUCUCACUGGUCCGACUGGCUCUCUCGGUGCACACAUCCUGCACCAACUUCUCUCGAGCCCUUCCAUCUCCAAAAUCCACCUCCUCGUUCGCGGGACCACAGCCACCGCCUCCCGGGAACGCAUCUUGAAGGCACUGACCUCGCGCCGUCUUCCCGUCCCAGAGUGCUUCGACAUGAAGACACAGAUACACAGCUGCAGACUUUCGGACUCCAAGUUGGGACUCUCCGACGAGACGUACGAAGCCUUGGCAGACGACGUGGACGUGAUCGUCCAUUUGGCAUGGAGCGUGAACUUCCUGUUACCCCUACGCGCAUUUGCGCAGACGCACCUUGCGGGCACCAAGAACCUCAUUAAUUUCGCUCUGGCCUCGUCGGUGUCGAACCGGGGGGUGGCUCCGAAAUUCAUAUUCUGCUCCAGCGUGGCAGCCGUGUCAGCUUACUCGUCGACGACAACCAUACCCGAGAGCGUCCUCUCAGACCCCGCUGCGGCUGGUCCGACAGGCUACGCUCAGUCAAAAUGGGUUGCAGAACAGAUCUGUCACGGCGCCGUGCGACAACUUCAUCGGCUGAGAAACCGCGUCUCCAUUACUCGGGUGGGACAGUUGUCUGGGGCGAGAGAUACGGGCGUGUGGAGUCGCAGUGAGGCAUAUCCACUGAUGCUCAGCAGCUUCAGGGUCACGGGUUGUUUGCCAGACCUGGACCGUGCCAGGAGGGCCCAGGGCCAGAAAAACGGGGAGAUCCUUGCAUGGCUCCCAGUUGACUUGGCCGCGAGGGCGUUUGUAGAGGACAUACUCAACGAAGGCGAUGGUGGGUCACCCCGUCAAGUGCAGAAGACUAUCAAAGACGUUCGUACCAUGACAGGGGAGCCAGAGGUAACCAGCACUGGAGGAGGAGAAGAAAGCCCUCCGGUCUACCACAUCCUCAAUCCAGCUACCCGCGUGACUUGGUCCGACCUUCUCUCCUGGGUCGUGCAACGACAGGGAGCCGGCGCUCUAGAAAUCGUGCCCAUCCACGAAUGGCUCUCCCGCCUGUCACGUCUCCAAGACGCCAGUGACGCGGAGAGACAUAACCACCCGGCCCUGCGCCUGCUGGGAUUCUGGGAGGAGGCAUACAGGAUACCGGGGAAUGCACGCAGAGCCAUCGAGGCUGAAGGAGUAGCAGAAGCAGAAGAGGAAGAGAAGCCGCAACGAGGGAAUGGUUGCCCUGAUAGGACCAGGUCCGAAUGGAAUCUGGAGGCCGAGCGGGAGAACGCCGACAAGGACGUCGGAGUAUCUGCAGUACCUUACCAAAUGGCAGAGACAUACGUACGUUUGCCCUCGCUUAGAGAACCCGAAGGGCUUGUGAACGAGGAAUACGUCUCGAGGAUGUGGGAAUGGAUCAUGGACAAUGUUUGA